AUGAAGUUUCAUGUCAAUGAUGCUUCAUUAACAGAAUUUUACUUAACCAAUGAUGAUAUACUUCAUUACAAUCUCGCAGUCAACAUCUCUGUCAGGAACAGUAACAAAAUUGAGCGUAUAUUCUAUAAUGAAAUCCGCUUGAAAACUUACUGUUACAGUAAUGAUCUGGCAUUGGAUUCUUUGAUGUCUUUCCGGCAAGGAAGUGAGAGCACAACAUUACUUCAUCCUGUAUUUCAGGGACAAACCUCCUUCAAACUACGGGGUUCUCGCCUUAGGGAUUUUAAUCAUGAUCAGAGGGAUGGAAGUUAUAGUAUUUAUUUGGUUAUGUACCUUAGAAUCCAAAUGAAGCAUGCUGGUGGUGGAAAGAGCGAGCAAGAUUAUUUCAAAGUUAAAUGUGGAUUAAUGAGACUUCAUUUGUUGGGUUCUUCAUCUACUUCAAAUAAUCAAUCAGGAAUCGGAGGCUUAUUUCAGACAAGGAGGUGCAAACUAUCUGACGAUGAAACUAAGUUUUGA